CAUCAAAAUGGCCGCCUUCUGGCGUCUGUGGCGCUGUUGAAUGAAGAAAGCUUUAUUGUUCCCCUCGGGCAGGAGUGUUCGUGUCCUCUAUGGCGCUGUCAAUAAAGAACGGCAGUUUGAAUCGGUGCUGAACAGGAUUACGGCCUGACUGUUGGUUCUUCCUGUUUGACUCCUUUCGCUCCUUUUCCCCACCAGCUCCAGAAGAUGGUGGCAGGGGCUUUGGCAGCAGUGAACCUGAGAUCUUUCUUCCAUCUGUUUUCUCUGGUGCUGACCCUCACCAAGUGGACUGUGGAAGAAGAGAAGUCCUGAAAGCAGAGUUGAAGUGAUGGAGCUUCCCAACUACAGCCGGCAGCUGCUGCAGCAGCUCUACACUCUGUGCAAGGAGCAGCAGUUCUGUGACUGCACCAUCUCCAUUGGUUCCAUUUAUUUCAGGGCCCACAAACUUGUCCUGGCUGCGGCCAGCCUCCUGUUCAAAACUCUGCUGGACAACACAGACACCAUCUCCAUUGAUGCAUCUGUGGUGAGCCCCGAGGAGUUUGCCCUCUUAUUAGAAAUGAUGUACACUGGCAAACUACCUGUAGGCAAGCACAACUUCUCCAAAAUCAUCUCAUUAGCUGACAGUCUCCAGAUGUUUGAUGUGGCUGUUAGUUGUAAAAAUCUUCUGACCAGUCUUGUAAAUUGCUCUGUUCAGGGUCAGGUGGUGAGGGAUGUUUCCCUGCCACCCACAGAGUCACUCAGGAAGGAAUCAGAGAAGCCUCAAGUAGAAAUCCUUUCCUCUGAGGGUGCUGGAGAACCUCAUUUCCUCCCGGAGGUUUCUGCCCUUCAAGGGGGCCCUGUGAAAGCUGAGACUGAGGAAGCAAUCCAGACUGUUGUACAAGAGAUGAGCAUGGAUUCUCCCAUUGCCCAGGAGAUUCAAAGCAAUGCAGAAGCACCAAUGGAGACCCCUAAUAUAGCCAAAAUUUGCUCUCUCUCUCCUGUUGUACAAACCUUUAGUGAGGCAAAGAAGACAAGCACAGAACAAGAAUAUGAGAGGAAACACUACCAGCUGGGUUUUCUCCUGGAAAAUGAAAGCAUCUUCUCAGAUAUACUCUCGAUUACCCAGGAUGUUUUUAAAAGACUAGAGGAAUGUUCAGAAAUUAAAGGCCCACAGAAGGAGACCAUGAUGGAAUGUCUAAAGGGUGAAGAAGGACAUUCUGCAUUCCAGAGAAUCCUGCACAAAAUUAGAGAUGAGAGCCUGAAUGUUCAGACUGUUGUGUCCCUGUUGAGGCUGUACCAAGAUUCUAAUCCUGCAGUAAAAACAGCACUAUUGGACAGAAAGCCAGCAGAUGUACAAGCCAUGCAGCCGAAAGGGAGCACAGAGGAGGUAAAGACCUUGUCUGUUCUGUUACUAGAACACAAAGAAGACCUGAUACAGUGUGUAACACAGCUGAGACCUAUUGUGGAGUUCCUGGAAACAGCCAAGGAGGAAUUCCUGACUGGCACUGAGAAAAAGGUGAUUCUGAAUUGCUGUGAGGGUGGAACACCCAAGGAGACAAUAGAAAAUUUGUUGCACAGAAUAACUGAAGAGAAGACUCUGACUGCAGAGAGUUUGGUAAAGCUCCUUCAGGCUGUGGAGACGACAUUCCCAAAUUUGGGCCUUCUGCUGGAGAAUUUGCAGAAAUUAGCCACUUUGCCAAGCACCACAGUCCAACCAAGACUUGAUGAUUAUGGCACUGAGCUGUUGAGACGGUAUCAUGAAAACCUCUCUGAGAUUUUCACAGACAACCGGAUGUUACUAAAGGUGAUCUCACACACGAAGAGUUUAGCACCUGGAGAAUUAGAGGUCAUGGAGAAGCUUGUGAAACGUGAUUCUGGUUCACAUGGCUUCAGUUCUCUAGUCUCAGCAGUUCUAGACAAGCAAGCUCUCUCUGCAACAGCCAUUUGGCAACUGCUGCUAGUGGCUCAGGAGACAAAGACUUGCCCAUUGAACUUGCUCAUGGAGGAAAUUCAAAGGGAGCCUGGUGCCGAUGCUUUCUUUCAAGCAGUGGCAACCCCAGAAAGUGCUGCCUUAGAAAUUAUCCUGAGGCAUAACAAAUUGAUCAUAGAGGCCAUCCAACAGAGGAAUGAACUGAAGUGCUUCACCUCAGAGGAAGAGCGCCUGGCAGAGACUGUGAAAGAGAUUCUGAGCAUUUCCCCUGGGAAAGCCAGCCCUGAAGCUUCCCUGAGAGCAGUGCUGAGCAGAGCCGUGGAAAAAUCAGUCUCAGCCAUUGAAAUAUGUCACCUCCUGUGCAGCGUUCACAAAUCUUUUCCAGGCCUGCAGCGUGUCAUGCAGGAGUUAGCAUAUGUUGGUUUCCUUACUAAGGAGAAUAAUAGAGAGGAGAGGUGGAAGUUAAGUAAUAAAUUUCACCUUGAAGCCAAAGAUAAAGCAGAGGAAAAGGAAGCCAUGCCAGCUGAAGAGGCCUGCCAUGCUGAAAAACAGAAUGAUCAAGGAGAGGCUGGUUCCUUGCCAGACCAACAAGAUAAAGACACUUCUGCCUCUCCAGAUUCGGCCAAGAAGAGCUUCAUCUGUAAAGCCUGUGACAAAAGCUUCCAUUUCUACUGCCGCCUUAAGGUGCACAUGAAGCGCUGCCGUGUGGCCAAGAGCAAACAGGUGCAGUGUAAGGAGUGCAGUGAGACCAAGGAUUCUAAGAAAGAGCUAGAGAAACAUCAGCUGGAGGCCCAUGGUGCAGCUGGAGAGCCUGACGCUCCCAAGAAGAAGAAGAGGAGGCUUCCAGUGACAUGUGACCUCUGUGGAAGAGAGUUUGCUCAUGCUUCAGGCAUGCAGUACCACAAACUGACGGAGCACUUUGAUGAGAAGCCUUUCUCCUGUGAAGAGUGUGGUGCAAAGUUUGCAGCCAAUUCUACCCUGAAGAACCACCUUCGCCUUCACACUGGGGACCGCCCGUUCAUGUGCAAGCACUGUCUCAUGACUUUCACCCAGGCCUCCGCUCUGGCCUACCACACCAAGAAGAAGCACUCAGAAGGAAAAAUGUAUGCAUGCCAGUACUGUGAUGCUGUGUUUGCCCAGUCCAUUGAGCUGUCUCGCCAUGUGAGGACUCACACUGGGGACAAGCCAUAUGUCUGCAGGGACUGUGGCAAGGGCUUCCGGCAAGCCAAUGGCCUCUCCAUCCACCUGCACACCUUUCACAACAUAGAAGAUCCCUAUGAUUGCAAGAAAUGCAGAAUGAGUUUCCCCACUCUGCAGGAGCACCGGAAGCACAUCCAUGAGAUUCACUCCAAGGAGUACCACCCCUGCCCCACAUGUGGGAAGAUCUUCAGCGCCCCCUCCAUGCUGGAGCGGCACAUGGUGACCCAUGUUGGAGGGAAGCCCUUCAGCUGUGGGAUCUGCAACAAGGCCUACCAGCAAUUGUCUGGUUUGUGGUACCACAAUCGGACCCACCACCCCGACGUGUUUGCUGCUCAGAACCAUCGAUCUUCCAAGUUCUCGUCACUCCAGUGCAGCUCCUGUGACAAAACCUUUUCCAACACCAUUGAACACAAGAAGCACAUCAAAACAGAGCAUGCAGAUGUAAAGUUCCAUGAAUGUGACAAGUGUAAGGAGCUCUUUCCCACACCAGCUUUGUUGCAGGUUCAUGUCAAGUGCCAGCAUUCAGGGUCCCAGCCAUUCAGGUGCUUGUACUGUGCAGCUACUUUCCGCUUCCCUGGAGCCUUGCAGCACCACGUAACCACGGAGCACUUCAAGCAAUCAGAGAGCACCUUCCCCUGUGAGCUCUGUGGGGAGCUCUUCACCUCCCAGGCCCAGCUGGAUGGUCACUUGGAAUCUGAACACCCAAAGGUGAUGGGCACUGAAACCCAAGCGGCAGUCUCGCCAAUGGUGCAGGUGAUCCAAACCCCAGAGCCGACAGCCCCAGCAGAGCAGGUGAUCACGUUGGAGGAGACCCAGCUUGCUGGGUCGCAGGUGUUUGUGACAUUGCCAGAUUCCCAGGUAUCUCAGACCAGCUCAGAGCUCGUGGCGGUGACCGUGGAGGAUUUACUGGAUGGUACUGUGACCCUUAUCUGUGGUGAGGCAAAGUAAGCGACUGUCCAUCCAGUGGAGGGGCCUGCAUUUGCACCAGAGAGACAGCUCUCCGUCUUGCCCUUUGCCCCUCCAUCCCUGGUUGACCUGAGUUGUGAGCAUCUUUGCCUUAGCACCAACCCAGACAGUCUCACUUCGAAAAUAGACAGAAACCUCAAUGUUCUCAUGGAUCCAACAAUGUCUGAGUCAUCAGUGCCAACCCCACUGUCUUCCAUAGCAGCAGGAAGAUAGCCUGACUUCUUCCCCCAAGGCCUGCAGCCUUGGCCUGUGUCUCUGUCCAUCCCCAACUUCUGAACCACAGGUUGGAAGAGCAGCAGGAUAGGAGCAGGUGGCCAAGGCGCCUAGAGAGGUACGAUUUGCUGGCAGCCCUCAGGGUGCAGCAUGGCAGAUGCAGGACUGCGGCCACAGAGUGGGGCCGCAGAGGCCGCCAGUGCUUUCAGGCCACUUACAAAUAAGAGAGAAGCACCAAUAGACUAUCCAGGGACCCCAGCCUAGAGUGCUCUUCACCCCUCCCUCACUUCUAUCCUCCUAUCUGCUUUGCCCCCCUGCAUCCAGUGCCUGGGCCCAGCACCCCUUGAGCUGGCAGUAGGACAGGUAGCCACAUGUUAACAAUACAGGAAACACUCAUUACCAUGACUUAUCCUCCCUGGUCAAGAGUCAGCUGUUCUGAGAAUAAAGCUUUGGAGUGUU